AUUUAAUAUAAAAAUAUAUUAUUGGAGAUUAUUUAAAAAAUGGGUGGCUCCUCUAGUCAAAAAGCACCUGAACAAGCAGAAUCAUCUAACGAAAACUCUACACACACAGUCACAGCUGCAGUACUUCCUCCAUUUACCACAAAAGAAAAUUUUAUUACAAACUGGUUUUCAUGGAAGAAAAACUUCCUCACGUUCAUAAAGAAUGUUGAUCAGGCUGAGGAGAAGAAACAAAUGUGGGGUCUCUUUCUUUUAAAUCGUAUGGGUCCUAUUGGUCAGGAGAUCCAUAGAUCUAUAGAAGAAAUCCAUGAAACAUUGCCCUACUAUGAUAAAAGUGCGCGGGAAGAUAUAAAUACGUUGAUUAAAAAAUUUGACAUUUAUUGCGUGGAAAGUGUAUUUAAAGACAAAACAAGAGACGGCAAAAACAUCGACGAAUACGUAAAUGAUCUGCACCUCACCGCUAUCAUUCGGAACUGUAUCGAACCUGUAGAGAUAGUGAAAGAGAAGAUUAUACAAGAUAUAAGUUACGUUUACCAUUUCACAGGAAAAGCUGCGCUUCUUAUACAAAGUAAAGGCGAGAAUUUGAUACCGUACUUGCAAUCGUUAGACCUCCAAGAUGUCGUUCUGUUCUGGAAACAAUGUGAAAAUUUAAUGGCGCAAAAACUCGAGGAAGUAACACCAAAACAGGAUUCCUAUGCCAAGCCUGCUAUAAGUAUAAAACGUACUGGCUAUGAUGAUAAGGAAUAUGAUCAAAAUAAAUGUCCCGCUUGGGGAUCUCUAUUCCGAUUAUGUUCUCGUUACAAGCAUAAACAAUUCAAUCACUUCAAUAAUUCUAAAGUAACUAAAGUAAAGUACGUAGAAGAUUGUAAUAAAUGCGGAAUGAGCCAUAUUCAGUCACGUUGUCCUGCGUAUGGCGAACUGUGUACAAAGUGUGGCGAAAAGAAUCAUUUUUCGUUGAAAUGCCAAACUCGUUUGUAAACUUUCGUUCGAGUAGUACAAAUUAUGCAACAUUCAUGUGUUCUAGCGCAAGACCAAACGAGUCAUCGACGUAAACAUCCGCAAUGGUUGAAAAAACAAUCCACGAAGAAGCUGGACAAUAAUUAUAAUCAAUAGCAAUAAUGAAUAAUUUAUACCUGUUUUCUAUUAUUAAAAAUAU